CAUUUUCCCCCACCACCAUUCAGUGAGAAUUAGGCUAGUGACGAGUGAACAGCUAAUGGUCGUCGUCUCGUUCAUAUGUGAUUUCGUAUUUUUAAGGGGGAUUUACCUAUUGCUGCUGUCGAGACGACGGAUCAUUCAUUGAUAUACUACGAGGUUGUGUGGACCCAUAAUAAGAAGAGGUUAACUUCUUUAUUUCCAGUGAUAGAAGUGUGCUACGCCAGAAUUAAAUACUUGAUAACAUUUGUGCGUCACAUUGUGGGUCGUGUUGAGAAUUUGAGGCACAAUAUCAAAAGGCCAGAAGAUAAAGUGUCUUUGUACCUAAGUAGGUCGAGAUCAAAGAGAAUCUGAAAGGAACAUAUUUUAGUUAGUGUUGGUCUCCUAUACCAUAGACUGUGGCUGCAUACGGGUAUGAAGAAGUUCGGGUGAGGGUGGCGGGCGAAAAUCAUGGCCAUGAGGUCAGGGGUGGCCUGACCCACGCCUCUGGAGCCCUGCCCCCUACACCAACCAUGGGCCAGGGGGCCAGCCAUCCUCAUCCUAUAGUUCAAGAACAUCGUCAACCGCACUGGGCCAUGGACGCCUCAUCUGAACCCACACACAGCCCACAUCAAGUUCGGCAGAGGGUUCAGCAUCAGCAGCAGCAGCGAGAGAUGCGAGAGCAACUAGAAAGAGAACAAGAGAAUCAUCUUCUUCAGCAAGAAGGGAUUGUGGAUGCUGGAUGCUGUGGGUCAGAAGCUGCUGCUUCUUGCAGCUGUGGUGGUGGUUUAACCUCAACCGCAGCCAUAUAUGGAACAGCAGCAAGUCCUGACCCCGCUACUCACCAUCCUGUUGUGGUAACACCACCGCGAAGUCUCCCCCAUCACCAUCAUCACCACCACCACCAUCAUCGACAUCAGCUACAGCAAGCUGAAGCGGCAACUCUUCCAACAGCUGCUGGUUCAGCGAGUGGACCCAGUUGUGCGUCAUCAGGUGCUUGUAGUAGUAGUAGUAAUAAUGGUUGUGGCCACUGGUGUUCUUCUUGCCGUGUUCGAGUACAAGUAGAGGUAGAAUGUGUAAAUGGAAUAGAAGCUCGGCCAUCACCACCUCGGGGAGGCCGUUUACGCACUUUAACUUUCCCCAAGAGACAUCGUCACAAGACCAAAACUCCCACCAGAGACCUUCCUGCUCAACCGAAGAAGAAGAAAACUCCUUGGACUUUCAGAUUGAAUUGUCGCUUGAGGCCUUCCAAGUCUGAACCUGAGCCUGAAGCUAGCACAAGCGUUGGUUGUGGUGCAUGCAUGUGUCCAAGUCUACGAAGGCCAGAGCCUGAGCUCCACACGCAUCACCACCACCACCACCACGUGCCACAUCAUCACCAUUUGCAUCAUCGACAUCCAUCUGGACAAGAUUCUCCUUCAAUAGCUUCUGUGGGGUCUGGGACGGCUUCUAGUCCUGGUGGAGCGGUUGCUUUGAGGGCUCCAGUCAUUGACCUUUCUAGAUUUAAUCCAGAUGCUUAUCCUAUCGAAGAUUGGGAUGAACAAGCACGCCAGGAAAGAGCACGAGAAAUGGCAGAAGGUGUAGAACCACCUCCCGGCUUUGGCUCAAGUCAUACGUUGACACCGGCACAUCAUGCUCUUACUCACCUUCAGUUGCAACAUCAACAUCAAUUACAACUUCAACAAGCCGGAGCAGUAACACCGCUCCCUUUGCCCUACAAUUCUGUCCUUGAUCUGCAGUUGCUGUUAGAAAGAUCUCUGCGCCUUGGACUUGGAGGUCCUCGAUCAGUAGCUGCGUCAAUUUCAGAGGAAACUUUGCUACAGCAGGUAGGACGGCUUGCAGGUGAUGGUUCAUUACUUCAGCGAACAGUUCACACACAGGUUGAUUAUAUUCACUGCCUUGUACCGGAUCUGCUCAGAAUUACGAACUGUGCGUUCUACUGGGGUAAAAUGGAUCGGUAUGAGGCAGAGCGACUCCUUGACAACCGACCUGAAGGCACAUUUUUACUAAGGGAUUCGGCACAAGAAGAGUAUUUGUUUUCAGUGUCUUUCAGAAGAUAUGGGAGGUCUCUACAUGCUCGAAUUGAACAGUGGAAUCACAAGUUUAGUUUUGAUUCUCACGAUCCAGGAGUAUUUGCUUCAGAUACUGUGUGUGGUCUUAUUGAACAUUAUAAGGAUCCGUCUUGUUGUAUGUUCUUUGAACCUAUGUUAACGAAUCCCUUGGCACGUACAUUCCCCUUCCCUCUGCAACAUUUAUGUCGAGCUGUUAUCUGUUCCACCACCACAUAUGAUGGCAUCAACAGCCUCCUUCUUCCAAAGUCACUUAACAACUACCUCAAGGAAUAUCAUUACAAACAGCGUGUGAGGGUACGUAGAUUAGACCACUAGGGAAGCGCUCAAGGGGAUAAUAGGCGAGAGCACAACAAUAUCUCUGAAUGGAGUUAUCCCGGGCCAGGAUGGGCUUACCCAACAGUUUAUUUCUUGGAUUGUUAAGUAAACUGUUAGGUACAGACUUCCAUCCUUUGGCUAGGAUGAUGAAGAAACGUGGUGCCCCACUUUCAGGGAUUUUCACAUUUAAGAGAUUCUCUGCGCCUUUCUCCUUGAGCAAUCGUAUGGUAGCUAAUACUCUCACUCCAGAUGCCUUCCUUGGGGCUCUACUGGUGCUGCGCCCUUUCCCGGUCCUUUCACAGCAUCAGUCAACAUCUUCGCCAUUAUGGUGGAGGUUGUUGCUAUUCACAUUAUGAUUGGUGCCCAUUGUUAAAUGCAGCUUGUUUAUAUUGUCAGUUGUGUAGUCUAUUUGCUGUAAUUUAAAGGGCAAUGGAAACCUUUUGUCAUGAUAGAAUGUCAUCAACAAUAAGCUGUAGAACAUCUUGCUACAUGUGUUAUUGUACCUGCUUUUAAUGCCUUAUUUAAGUCACAAUGGGAAAGUUUUAAAAGUUGUGUACAGAGGAUCGUAAGGAAUACUGACUAUUCCCGUAAGGUAUCGCAGAAACCAAUUUUUUUUUUUUUUUUUUUUUUUUUUUUUUUUUUUUUUCUCCAAGUACAUUUUGACAUUUUAAAAAAGGGCAGUCAGAAUAUAGCAUAUCAGUCAGAAUAUAAAAGUAUAUAUACAGUACAUUCAUAUAUAAAAGUAUAUUUACUGCAUAUGGUGAGUUAUACACUCAGACUUCUCAGAUAAGUCAUUUUUUGGAUGUGAUAUUCCUGUGUCUAUCAUUACGCUUAAGCUUCUUCCUUGUGAAGGGCAAGAGAGAGUGAAUGAAAGUGUAAUUGUGUGUGUGUCCCUGUGCUUGGUAAUGUAGGUGGUAGUAAAACAUUCUUCCAGCUCUGUUAAUGUGGUGUUGAAAGUCACUGUCAGAGGACAUUGGAAGUUUGCCAAAGAUUAUUCCCCUCCCCCCCUCUCCUCCAGGAGUUGGACCUCCUCCCUAUUCCCUUUUCUGUCACCUACUGUGGUAGUUAGUAAAAUUUCUGUAGGUGGUCAGAAGUCAUAGAACAAAUGCUGGAUUUCGUUGCUUUUGUCAUGCCAUUUCUUUGAGAGAUGUGUAUUAUAAGAGUGCUUGUUUUGCAUGCCAGUUAAUGAGGGCAACGAAUAAGUAUGUGUCAGGUUAGUUUGUGGAUAAAGUAAAUGGUCUUUAUAUGUUUUAUGAAAAAAGUAUAUUUUUGCUUUUUCCUGGAAGUAAUUUUUACUAAGUUUUUUUAACACCAUGAGGAAUAGUGAUGAUAUUCUGUAACAGGGUUUGUUUUUUGUUCAUUUAUGUAACCCUAGUACAAAAACCUCCUUGAUCUUAUUUGAUUGUCAGGAGUAGGUUUAUGACUGAAUUCAAUACCUCAAGUUCAGAGUUAAAAAGUGAUUCAGGAGGUCACUUCUUUUAAGCUAUGUACUGUGUUGUUGACAGUACUGUACAGCAGGUUUAUUUUCUUUUUUAUGUAGUAAGCACUUUCUCAGAAUUGUUGAGUAGAUUUUGGUAUGAGCUCCUUGUCAUUUGUAACUUUUUAAAUUACUGUACUGUAUAUUCUGUAUGAUUAUUGCUAGUAGUGAGGAUACAUUCAAUAAUAUUCAGCGUUGUAAAGCUUAUUGAUUCUGAGGCUCUGUUGAACAAUUGCAAUUCUAUAUUUUGGAUUCGUUCAGCCAACAAGAUUUAACUUCUUAAUGAAAUUAAUGGAAAGGUUUUAGAAGACCUUUUUCAGAAUCCACGCUGUUAUGGUAGGCAAAGUUUGAUUAGCAGUCAAGAUUAUAUGUUGCUGUUGUCCUUCUAGAUUUGGUUAAAAGAAAAUAAAAAAAUAUUUAUUUUUUUACUUAAGUUAUUAGCAUGAAUAAAUCUGCUAAAUGUCACAAAUGUGUGUGUUUUGUUUUAGAAGGAUAAAUACUAAUAUGCUAUUUUUGUAAUAAUAUGCUAGUUUGUUAAUUUCUCGGAUGUUCAUAAGGGACUUUUCAUUUCGUGUGCUGCCAUUUCUAGCACAACUUUUUGGUAUUGCCUCUUCCCUAACUGUGUCUUUCCAAUACUAUAGGAAACCAGUCUCACUCACUCUCUCUCUAUUAUCAGUGUUACUGUACGGCCUGCAGAGACUGGUAAUAGAGUUAACACUACAGUACAGUUGCUAAAUUUUCUUUCAUGUUGGUUUUUCCUUUCACUGUGUGGAUUGAGAUUAAUCAUAACUAGCUUCCAUUUGUGUCAUUUCUCAUUUCACCAAUAAUUCAGCCUCUCUCUUCUAUUGUUAAUUUGAAAUUCUUUUGUAUAUAAAAUAUCAUGUUUGGUCUUUUAACAAUUUUGAUGCCUAUCUUGAUCACCAAUUCAAAAGAGCUUGUUAGAUUUAGUUUUCUCUCUCAGGAGAGUUAGGAUUUUGCUUUAUUGUGUAUAACAAUUAUAUGACUUCAUUACAGUCAGAUUGUCUUUGGAUUAUUUAUUUAAGAAUAAUUUAAAAGCAAACUUUUGACAGAUACGAAAAUUUCUUUUUAAGUUACUGCGCCUGUUAACCUGUGUAGCUUUUAAGUUUAGUACAAUAUGAAUAGAACUAAAGAUUCAACUAAAUUCCUCGUUGCCUGAUAUAGCAGGUAUUUUAUUGAGUUCAAUCAUAAAAGCUUUAUUCCCAGUGUAAUUGAAGUACAGUACAGUAUUGCAUAUAUACAAGAGUGAAAGUCAGUACAGUACAGAACUGUGUUAUGUAUGUUAGUAUGCCUGUGGUUUUUGGAUGUAUAUAUGUUGAGAAUAUAAUGGUUGGCUAUAGAUACAUUUUUGUAUCUACUUUGUAAAUACUAUGAAUAUUAAUAAGUUUAGUUGGUAUGUCCAUUAGCUGCAACAUACCACUUGUAGAACUAAGUUUAUUCCUCUGGUAGGACAGCCUCGUGUCAAAGUAUUGAGAAGGUAGAACGGCCAGUUGGGUGCUGUUUUAAGCCACAGUCCAAUCCAUAUUGUCAUUGAUGCAAUGAAAACAUCAAGAGUUAUUUUGUAAAUGUAUGCAAAGAAUCAAAAGUAGGACAUAAACUAACUAUAUCGUUGUCCUGUUUCAUUUUGGUGCCACUUGAUGUAACUGAAAGGCAGUGGCUCCAUCUUGCUUGAAACCUUUUCAUCAUUUAUACCUUUAAUCUUUGCUUUUAUCUCAAUAUUUGAACUCUUGGUGAGUUUCUGACACAUCAAGCUCUGGACGUGUUGUGGCUUAUGAGGCUAAAUGUUAGGCCUGGUGAGACACGAGCCAUGAUUAUCUUAGUAAAACCACAAUUAUUUAUGAGAUUCUGUAGCAUCAUGAAGAGUUGAAAUUUGUGAGUUGUAGACAAAUAGCAGUUUAUAGACCCUCAGCAAUAACGUCACAGCUAAGGGCUAAGGGCUUCAUAGACGAGAAAGAGGAAGUAUGAAUUCAUUGUAAUCCUCUGAGUUAGGGACUUCCUUAGAUUUUACGUUGGGAAGAGAAUUUUUCUACUUAAAUACAGGUUGCUAUGUGAAACGGUUAUAGAGUAAUGUAAUCACUUGGGAGGCUGAAGAGGAGCAUCCUCUCUUGUUGAGGCAAUUUACAAUCAUUUGUCAAUUUUGCUCUUAAUUUUUUUAUUUUAGCUAUCAGACGGGAGAGGAAUAUUGCAAAUCAUGUCCCCUUCAGAAGGGCAGGAUAGCCAGAAAUUUUCCACUCCAUUCACGCUGUGAAGUGUCCUGUGUUCUUGUCACUUGGACUGUCAUUUAUCCUGACUCAAAAGAUUAGUAGUAACCCUAUUGUAAAAGAAUCAGGAUAUUAUCAUAUAUAUUGUCAGUCAGAAGUAAUUCUUCAAUUACAUUUAUUUCAACUUUGAUUGACAUUUUUUGUUUUUGUACUUGAGAUUAAUGUAAUACUCUCAGUUUUGGGAGUUAGAAAUUGAAAGGUUUUCUAGCACCUUUUAUGUAUACAUUAAGUAAUUUAUUUUAUCAUGAUUGGUGGUGAUAAUUCAGUAGAAAUUUGGUUCAGUUGAACGAGUUUGAGUCAUGGCUCAGAAACUCUUUUUAUGCCAAAUGGUCGUAUGAUUGGUGUUAGAAGAUAACUGUAAAAGGGGAUGAGAAAAGUUUUUGUUGUUAUUUUAUAUUUGUAUAAACCUUGCUAUGUUCCCUUAACUCACCUUUGUAAGGGGAGUCCAGUUAAUAAAUAUCUUUGGUAUC